CGCCUGCCUAUUCGGAGGGUGCUGGGUUGCGCUCCCUCUGAGCACCUUCCGCCGCAGCCGGCACGCCGCGCUGCUUGCCUGCUGGUAGGGAUGGGGCUGUGGGGCUGUUCGCGGCUGCCGGGUCUCCUCUUCGUCCUCUCUCUGGUCCGGUUUGCCUCCUCCGACACUCCCGCCAAUUGCACUUACUCCGAUCUGCAGGGUACCUGGGUUUUCCAGGUGUCCGAGGGGCAGGGGUUUCAGGACAACCGCAUCAACUGCUCAGUGUUGGGGCCACCAAGAAAGAAAGUGGUAGUACACCUGCAGAAGUUAGAUGUGGCAACUGAUGAAUUCGGCAAUUCUGGUUUCUUCACGAUCAUUUACAAUCAAGGUUUUGAGAUUGUGUUAAAUGACUACAAAUGGUUUGCCUUUUUUAAGUAUAAGAAGGAAGCCCACAAUGUGACGAGUUACUGUCAUGAGACAUUUCCUGGAUGGGUACAUGAUGUUUUGGGCAAGAACUGGGCAUGUUUCACUGCAAAGAAGCUUAUAAGCACUCCCGAAAAUGUACGGGUGAAUGAGCUACCCCCCAGGCACCACAAGGAAAGGUAUUUACAGGAACGUUACAAAUACAAUUAUGACUUUGUGAAUGCCAUCAACACUGCUCAGAACUCCUGGACUGCUACCGUGUAUGAGGAAUAUGAAAAAUUUAAUCUGGAUCAAAUAAUUAAGAGAAGUGGUGGCCACAGUUAUCCAUUCCCCAGACCAAAACCUGCACCAUUGACCCAUGAAGUACUUCAAAAAACUGUAACUCUGCCAAAGUCUUGGGACUGGAGAAAUGUUAAUGGUGUCAACUAUGUUAGCCCUGUUCGAAACCAAGGAAAGUGUGGCAGCUGCUAUGCUUUUGCUUCCAUGGGUAUGCUGGAGUCAAGAAUUCGUAUCCUAACCAAUAAUUCCCAGUCGCCAGUGUUAAGUCCCCAGCUGAUCGUGUCUUGCAGCGAAUAUUCUCAAGGCUGUGAUGGGGGCUUCCCAUAUCUCAUUGGGGGAAAGUAUGCCCAAGAUUUUGGGCUGGUGGAAGAGGAAUGCUUUCCGUACGAGGCCAGUGAUUCUCCAUGUACCCCAAAAAACUGCACUCGCUAUUACACCUCGGAGUACCACUAUGUGGGAGGCUUCUAUGGAGGCUGCAACGAAGCCCUGAUGAAACAUGAGCUGAUUCAGAAAGGACCCAUGGCCGUUGCUUUUGAAGUAUAUGAUGACUUCAUUCACUACAAAGCAGGCAUCUAUCACCACACAGGGCUGAGGGACAUUUUUAAUCCCUUUGAAUUGACCAAUCAUGCUGUUCUUCUCGUAGGCUAUGGCACUGAUGAAAAGAGUGGUGAGGAUUACUGGAUAGUUAAAAAUAGUUGGGGGACAAGUUGGGGUGAGAGUGGCUACUUCAGAAUCCGCCGAGGCACUGAUGAAUGUGCCAUUGAGAGCAUAGCUGUGGCUGCUAUGCCAAUUCCCAAAUUGUGAGGCAUUUCUUCAUCCAUCUCAGUCCAUCUCCAUAGAUUAACUCAGGAACAAUGUAAGAUUUCACUAGAGCUUUUUUGAAAGCUUCUGUGUAGAGCAUGAUGAAUUAUUUCCUCUUAAAACUCAAGGGUGCCCACUAAGCUCCAACCCCACUUUGGGUAUGAGUCUCUAUCAAAAGAAUUUUUUUUAUCAAGAACACUGUUAAAUUAUGUUUACAGGGUUAUAGAGAACAGUGGAGAAAUGAAUGCUAAUGGUCAUUUGUAAUUUAAAGAGAUGUUUAAAAAAAAAUUGUGCCUUAUGUUUGCAAAACCGCCAGAUUGUACAAAAAUGGAUUUUGUUGUAUUAAUCAAGAGGGGAGUGAUUGUGUUCAUUAAAAGGGAUUUUUUUGCUUAACAAAUGUUCAAGUGAAACCUCAGACGUGUUAUGGCUUGUAUAUUUCAGAGAAUUUUUAUACAUGGAACUUUAAAAAUUAUUGGAAGCAAAGGGACUCUUGUAUAAUUCAUUUUCACAAUCGAAGCACUGAGUUAUUUACUGAAUCUGUAUGAUGGAUAUCUGUCCUCUUCUUUGUCCCUUCCUUCAUAGUAUUGAACAAUGCCUGGAGUGAUUGCAGACUGAUUGUCUUUCUUUGUGGGUCCAGAGGCUAGGGUUGGAGGGAGUAUGGACAUGGGGAAGAGGGGUAUGGGUGAAUUUUGGUAAUGUAUACCAAGUGUUUAGAAGGGGCUGUCUUAAAGACUCAUCUGGUGUACCAUUUGCCAAGCUAGGAGAGCCGAAACAACGUGAUUUUUUUUUAAAUAAUGAAAUCUAACUACUUGAAAGUAUCAGUAACAGAAAGAAGAUGCUACUAUCCAUAUAUUAGCAUUAGCAUGUCUCCCCUCUCCCCCACCCCAGGUGGGAUGCAGCAGUGAAAACUAUCCUUCCCUUCCCCUCCUCUACCACCACUGCCAGAGCAAAUUCUAUAGAAGCAUUCAGGGUGAAGGAUACAGCUAAGAGUAGAAAGACUAGUAGCACUAGUUUCACUCCCUUGGUGGCUUUCCGGGAAGAACAAGAAGAAAAUUCAUGAAUUGGGCUUUUUUUUAAUGCUUUGUGUGUUCUUUCAUCUUUAUGCCUCAGCUCUUAGCAUAGUGUUUCAUGCUCAGUAAGUGAUUAGGAAACUUGAAUUACAUGCCAAAGUUUAAAUAAUAAUUAAUCUCAUCUUUUUGUCUGGAUUUUUCUAUGUGAAAAGUCAUGCUGAUCUUUACUCCCUGGUAUGUACAAGAGAAAAUAUAUGAAAUUCAGACAUUUUU